AUGCAAAAUGAGCUUGUCAGUAUGAAGUGUUUCCUGAAAGAUGCAGAUAUGAAGCAAGAGGAAGAUGAGGCCGCAACAAUCCGCAAUUGGGUAUCUGAAAUCAGAGCAGUUGCCUACCACGCUGAGGAUGUCAUUGAAAUAUUCAUCCACCAAGUUGAGUCCCAAACACUACAGUGUUUCUUCAUCAAGUGUGUCUUAUAUCCUAAGAAACUAUACUGUCUUUACAAAGUAGGGAAGGAGAUUGAAUCGAUUCAGACCAGAAUUCUUGAAAUAUCCAACCGUCGUGAAAGAUACGGCAUCAGGAAUAUUCAAGGUCUCGGAGAUGGGGAAGGGUCAAGCACAACACAUAAGAAGCUGCGUGAACUAAGACGCUCCUCGCCCUUGGUUGCCAACAAGGAUGUUGUUGGUCUAGAGAAGCAUGUGAACUCUGUCGUGUCAAUCCUUCUGAAGGAGGACAAACGGCUUCGUGUUGCUUCAAUUGUUGGUAUGGGGGGCGUCGGCAAGACGACUCUCGCGAAGGAAGUUUAUAACCAAACUCAAAUCAGAGAAAAGUUUGACAUUCGGGCAUGGCUUUAUGUAUCCCAAGAUUAUAAGCCCAUGAAGAUCAUCAAGGAACUCAUUUUACAACUGGCAAGUCCAGAAGAAGAUAAAGUGAAGAUAGUCGAUACGAUGGACAAAUUGUCAGAGGCUGGUUUGGAGGAAAUGCUCCAGAGGUGUUUGAAAGAUACAUGCUAUCUCAUUGUUCUUGAUGACAUCUGGACCACAGAAGCAUGGGAUCUCAUUGUUAGGUCAUUUCCUGACAACGGUAAGUCAAGUAGAUUGCUACUUACCAGCCGCAGUAAGGAGGUUGCCUUGCAUGCAGAUGCUCAUACUACACUUUAUGAACAUAAAGUAUUGAGCAAAGAGGAGAGCUGGGAACUCUUUCUCAAGAAAGUAUUUGCUGAGGAUAGAGAGUGUCCACAGGACUUGGUGGACGUGGGAAAAGAGAUUCUGGAAAAAUGUGAUGGGUUGCCACUGGCGAUCACUGUCAUAGGUGGUCUCUUGGCUGGGAAGAAGAAGCAAAGAAGUGAGUGGCAGAGAGUACAGCGAGGCCUCAGUUCAUACCUUGUCAAAACUCAAACUUAUGGCGUAUCAACAAUUUUGGCGUUGAGUUAUCAGGACUUACCUCCCCAUUUGAAAUCUUGCUUUCUCUACUUAGGCCUUCUCCAAAAAGGCAAAGACAUCCCUGUGAAGCAACUCAUGCACAUAUGGAUUGCCCAUGGUCUUAUUCAUCAAAAGGGAGAACAAACAUUAGAGGACAUUGUGGAGGAUUAUCUUGAUGAGCUAAUUGGCAGAAAUAUGCUUCAAGUAAUCCUAGUUAGAGCAGAUGACAGAGUUAAGAGUUGCCGGCUCCAUGAUCUCCUACGAGACUUUUGUAUAAUGAAGGCCAGGGAAGAAAUGUUUCUGGAGGUAGAUAAUCCAUCUAUAUCCCUCUCUGCAUCUCGGCACCGUGUCCUUUACUCUCCAGUAAAGAGGUACAAAUAUUUUGGAAAUUCAAAAUCGUAUAUAAGGUCUCUUCUAUCCUUUGAUUCAUCUUCUAAACUAGUUAACCUUGAUUGUAUUUGUACGAGUAGUUUCAAACUUCUCAGAGUGCUAUACAUAGACUCUCCUGGUUUAAAGGUGAUCUCAGAUAGUAUUGGGAAACUAUGUUCCUUGAAGUACUUAGGCAUAGGAUGGAAGACAUGUAUUAAGAAUUUUCCCCAUUUGAUAAGUCGUUUGCAGAACUUGGAAACAAUAGAUAUGCCCAUGUCUAGGUUUUAUUCUGUGAAAGUUCCUAAUGUUUUAUGGAAGUUAGAGAAUUUACGGCAUAUACUUGGUUACAUCAAUAACCCCCGCCUAUUGAAGAUUGACCUACCUAACAAUCUCCAAACUCUAGGCAGCAUACCUGUUCAUCACUGGAUGCACCAUGAAAGCCUGACUAGAAUGACUCAUCUCCAAAAAGUUGGUUUACUCAUUGGAAGUGCUGAUAACCUAGACAUGAAUCGAGUAUGUAAUUCACUUGCAGAGCUUAAGAGCCUUCAAUCCUUGUGUUUGGAAGUAGAGGGUAACAGGAAAAUAUCUUUGGUUGCUGGUUUAUCUAAGUUGAGUCAUGUUGUCAAGCUUAAGUUGAAGGGAGGCUUAGCAUCAAUACCAGUUAAUUCUUGCGUAUUUCCACCUAAGCUUUGUCAGCUGACUUUGGUGAACUCAAACCUCCAUCCAGAUUCAAUCCGAGUAUUGGAGAAGUUAGCCAACUUGUCAGUUCUAAAACUAGUCAAAGCCUUUUAUCAUUAUGAUUGGUAUCAAGAGUAUAGGAUAAGAAUAUCGGAGAAUGGGUUUCGUGGUCUCAAGUUCCUCAGGAUGGAUCAACUAGUGUAUAUGAAAGCGAUGAAUCUAGGAAAAGGUGCAAUGGCAGGACUCGAAUGCCUGCAGAUCUUCAAAUGCUACUCGUUGACGAGGCUCCCAGGAGAGUUGAUAUCAUUGUCUAACCUUAAGAAGCUUGAGAUUCGAGGAAUGCCUAAAGAAUUUUUUGCUAGGCUUCGAGUUUCGGAUUUGCACAAACUCCAACACAUUCCCAACAUUGUGGUUGGACAUCCCAGCACAGAUUAUGAAGAAUGGAUCCAACAACUGGAGCGUAGAAAUAUGGCUGCAAGUACAACGGAAAGAAGGGCCAAGAAAAUUUUCCUUGAAUCUUUAAAAAAACAUUUGCCUGAGGGAGUUUUUUAA